UAUUUUAUUUACUCAUGCUGCUUGCUGCUUGUGUCUCAAAUCUAGCAUCACCGCGUCACUACUGUUCUAGUGAAUUAGAGCUAUAAAGUUUUCGUUGCUUUGAUGAAAUUAUUUUUUAACAUAUGACGUAUUGCCACCAGCUUCUGAUAAACGAAUGUUAAGAUGAUGUUAUGGUUUCUGUAUAUAUAAUAUAUACAUAAAGUUUAUGAAGUUUGUAAAGACUGAAAGGAUGAUUUAAAGUGAUAACUAACAUUCGAUAUGCAUAUAUUAUAAUUUGUUUAUUGCAUAUCUGUAUUUACAGUACAAUUCUAUUCAUGAGGUUGAUAUUUUAACAAAGAGAAGGCAAUGGUAUUUCUUGGUUAAUUUAAAAAGAAAUAAACUGGCGGACAAUUUAGAAUAUACAUGCUAAAGCAUUGCAGAGAGAAAGAAAGUAUAGAAGGUACAUUUACAAAAAGCAGUUUUAAGUAUAUUUAAUCCAGAUUAGUAAUUUAUUGAUUACAAGAAGAAAGCCUCUAAUAUAGUAAAAUGACAUCCAUUAUAAAACUUCACGCUAUCUCUGGAGCGAUGGAUGAAUCUCCACCUUGCUACAUAUUACAAGUUGAUGAAUUAAGAAUAUUAUUGGAUUGUGGAUGGGAUGAAAAUUUUGAUCAAGACUUUAUAAGAGAAUUGAAAAGACAUGUUAACCAGAUAGAUGCAGUACUACUUUCAUAUCCAGAUCCAUUACAUUUAGGCGCAUUACCAUAUUUGGUAGGUAAAUGUGGCCUAAAUUGUCCCAUAUAUGCCACCAUACCUGUCUACAAAAUGGGUCAAAUGUUUAUGUAUGACAUGUAUCAGUCUCGUCAUAAUAUGGAAGAUUUUGAUCUAUUUACUUUAGAUGAUGUUGAUGCUGCAUUUGACAAAAUAGUACAAUUAAAAUACAAUCAAAGCAUAUCAAUGAAAGGUAAAGGCUAUGGUGUUACGUUGACACCUUUGCCAGCAGGACACAUGAUUGGUGGGACAAUUUGGAAAAUUGUGAAAGUAGGAGAAGAGGAUAUAAUUUAUGCUGUGGAUUUUAAUCACAAAAAAGAACGUCACCUGAACGGUUGCGAGUUAGAGAGAUUGCAAAGGCCAUCAUUGUUGAUAACAGAUGCAUUUAAUGCUACAUAUCAACAAGCCAGGCGAAGAACAAGGGAUGAGAAGUUGAUGACUAAUAUUUUGCAAACAUUGCGAGGUGGUGGCAAUGUAUUAGUUAGUGUAGACACUGCUGGCCGCGUAUUAGAAUUGGCACAUAUGCUGGACCAAUUGUGGCGCAACAAAGAAUCUGGGUUGCUUGCUUACUCAUUAGCCCUUCUUAAUAAUGUGAGUUAUAAUGUUGUGGAAUUUGCAAAAUCUCAAAUUGAAUGGAUGAGCGACAAAUUAAUGAGGAGCUUUGAAGGUGCACGCAAUAAUCCGUUUCAAUUUAAGCAUCUGCAACUCUGUCACAGUAUGGCUGAACUGAAUCAAGUCCCAAGCCCAAAGGUGGUGCUUGCAAGCACUCCGGAUAUGGAGUGUGGAUUUUCUCGAGAAUUGUUUCUUCAAUGGUGCACAAAUCCACAAAAUAGUAUUAUAUUGACGAGUAGAACAUCUCCAGGUACACUUGCUAGAGAUUUAGUAGAAAGAGGAGGAAAUCGAAACAUUACAUUGGAAGUGAGAAGACGAGUGAAACUUGAAGGUAUUGAACUAGAGGAAUAUCAAAAAAGAGAAAAGCUGAAACAAGAGCAAAUGAAACAGGAACAAAUGGAAACUGCAGAUGUGAGUUCUGAAUCAGAAGACGAGAUAGAAGUUGGUGGUGUGAGAGGGAAACACGAUUUAUUGGUGAAGCAAGAAAGUAAACCUGGCUUUUUUAAACAAAGUAAAAAGCAACAUCCCAUGUUUCCGUUUGUGGAGGAAAAAAUUAAAAUAGAUGAAUAUGGAGAAAUCAUAAAACCGGAAGAUUAUAAAAUAGCAGAAACUGUAUCCGAAAUAGAGGAUAAUAAGGAAAACAUAGAAAUGAAGCAAGAAGAAGCCAAUCAUCACCCAGAAAUAGCUGCCGAUAUUCCGACAAAAUGUGUACAAGUUUCGCGUACAAUGACCGUUAAUGCAUCAGUAACGUACAUAGACUUUGAAGGCAGGUCUGACGGGGAGUCCCUGCAGAAAAUUUUGGCGCAGCUAAGACCGAGGAGAGUAGUUUUAGUCAGGGGUUUAUCUAAAGACACAGAGAUACUGGCACAACAAGCACAAAGUGCUGGCGCAAGAGUAUUUAUUCCAGGCAGAGGGGAGACGUUGGAUGCUACGACAGAAACGCAUAUUUAUCAAGUACGUUUGACCGACGCUCUCGUUAGCGGAUUGAAUUUUUCGAAGGGUAAGGGCGAUUCUGAAGUAGCGUGGGUGGACGCGAUGAUAACAGCACGCGAUCAAGUUUGCCGAGAUGCUGUUGCCGAUACCGAAUCCAAGGACGCAAUCGAUGAAAGCGACAAAAUAUUAACUUUAGAACCUUUGCCAUUAAAUGAGGUUCCAGGCCAUCAAACGACAUUCAUAAAUGAAUUGAAACUAUCUGAUUUCAAACAAGUUUUAAAUAAAAGUAAUAUCCCAUCAGAAUUUAGCGGAGGAGUAUUAUGGUGUUGUAAUAACACUAUCGCUGUUAGAAGGCAUGAAGCUGGAAAAGUAAUAUUGGAAGGCUGCAUUUCCGAAGACUACUAUAAAGUACGAGAACUGUUAUAUGAACAAUAUGCAAUUGUAUAACUAUUAAGUAUGUGUGUAUAAAAGAAACCUAUGUGAUUGAUAAUAAUUACAAGAUUUUUGUACUUUA